CUGCGGGAGGCCACGCAGCGGAGGCUGGCGCGGUUCGCCCAGCUCCGAGGUAAAACUACUUGCACUGGAGAAUUCUGGGAUGUUGUCGUCAUUACAGCAGCUGACAAAAAACAGGAAUCUGCUUAUCAGAAGCAGUUAUCAGAAAAAUUGAGAAGAAAGGAGCUCCCACUUGGAGUAGAUUAUCGUGUUUUUGUGGACCCCCCUGGACAAAAAAUUGGGAAUGGUGGAUCAACACUUCAUGUCCUUCAGUGCUUAGAAGAGCUGUAUGGUGAUAAGUGGGCUUCUCUUACCAUCAUAUUAAUUCAUUCUGGUGGUUAUAGUCAGCGUUUACCAAAUGCAAGUGCACUGGGAAAAAUUUUCACAGCUUUGCCUUUUGGCACCCCUGUUUACCAGAUGUUGGAACUUAAACUGGCAAUGUACAUUGAUUUUCCCACCCACAUGAAACCAGGAAUUCUCAUUACAUGUGCAGAUGAUAUUGAACUUUAUAGCACUAGUCAUCAAGUAAUCAAGUUUGAUAAGCCUGGAUUUACUGCUUUAGCUCAUCCUUCAGAUUUGACAGUUGGUACCACUCAUGGAGUAUUUGUUUUGGAUCCAUCCAGUUUGUCAGAAGAGGGAGAACUUGAAUAUAGAUUUUGUCAUCAAUUCCUACAUAAACCUAAUAUUGAAAGGAUGCAUCAGUCUGGCGCAGUACUUGUAAAGAGGAAUGUUUCUCAAGUAAACUCUGAAGAACACCGUCACUCAAAAAUGGACUUUGAGUAUGUGUACACUGACAGUUUAUUUUACAUUGAUCAUAGCAUUGCCAAAAAAUUGCUAGCAUUUUAUAAGCAGAUGGAAACACUUUGCUGUGAAAUAGAUGCAUAUGGUGACUUUCUACAGGCUCUGGGACCUGGAGCAACUCAAGAUUAUAUAAAAAACACAGCUAAUGUCACAAAAGAAGAUUCACAGUUAAUAGAAAUAAAACAGAAACUAUUUUCUCUUCUUAAAGGAACAGCACUUAAUGUUAUAGUCUUAAACAAUUCCAGAUUCUAUCAUAUUGGGACUACUAAAGAAUAUUUAUUUCAUUUCACUUUUGGUAGCCAACUUAAAUUAGAGCUUGGCUUAAAAUCUAACACAUUUAGCAUCUUCCCAGGUAAAGCAGAAAAUUCUGACAAAUCAGCAUGCAUCAUUCAGAGCAUAAUUGAUGCAGGAUGUUCUAUAGCACCUGGCUCUGUUAUUGAAUACUCCAGGCUAGGACCCGAAGUUUCGGUAGGGACAAACAGCAUUGUAAGUGGUUCUUGCAUAAAUUCUAAAGCAGACAUUCCAUCAAACUGUUUUUUGGGUUCAUUAAGUGUCAGGAUUAAUGGAAACCUAAUGUAUGUGAGCAUGGUGUUUGGUGUUGAAGACAACUUGAAAAAGAAUGUGAAACAUUUUUCAGGCAUACAUUCACUUCAGUUUUUUGGAGUCACUUUACUACAAUGCUUGGAUCUCUGGGACUUGAAGUUGUCAGACCAACUCUUCUCUGGUGACAAGACAAGUUUAGGCUUGUGGACUGCUCGGAUUUUUCCUAUUUGUUCUACUUUAAGUGAUUCAGUUAGAAUGUCAUUAAAGAUGUUAAAUGCUGUGCAGCACAAGUCAGCUUUUAAAUUGAAUGGCUUUAAGCUCCUGUCUAUUGAAGAAAUGCUCUUUUACAAAGACGUAGAAGACAUGUUGAAGUUUAGGCAGGAAAUUUACAAAGAAAUCAGUCUGCAAAGACAAAAAGAGAAAUCUGAUUUGUAGAAGCACAGUAAUUGUACACUUUGGCAGUCUUUAAUUUGAGGAUGAUUGGUUGCUUUCAAGCUUGUAGAACCUAGAAGGAAAAAGUACACAGAAUUUUUUUUUUCUGGUUUUAUUGAAGUAGAAAUAAUGAAAUUGCAUUAACAGCGUUAUUGUAGCAUAACAUUAAUAAUGCAAAAAUGCAGAUAAACUAUUCUUUUGAUGAAAGAAUUAAUGAAAUAUUUCAAAUCUAUGAAAACACUAAGAGGCAAAUAUUCUUGUAGUGUCCAUUGUUAUGUAUUUUUAGGUUUUUCUUAAUGAGACUAUGGAAUAGAACAUGUUAAUUAAACAUUUGAUUGAAAAACUACUUAAAACUUCUUCAGAAUACAGUGUUGGCUCCAUCAACCUGGUGUUGCAUAGCAUUGAUUCACCUUUCUUUGCAUGCUUCACAUUUUUAAAAUUCUAGUUUCAGGAGGUAAUUUUUUCUCACUUUUUUUUAAACAAAGCAAAGAUAAUUACAUGAAUAACUUUAAAUCUGUUUAAAAGAUUACUCAUGAAAGUUUAUUACAAGCUUGGAAGUAUACGAGUAUGCAUGUUCUUUUACAGCAAACCGAUUUUUGUGAAAUGGUUAUGUUAAAGUACCUGAACAGCUGUAAAAUUAAAUAGAGAGUCACAAGAAUUGACCUGGUAUAUGCCCUUCCCAUUUCUGAAUCAUCUUAUGUACGAAAGCAUAUGGUAUUCAAGUAUUUCCAAGUUACUGGGUGCAGUAUAACUGGUGAUCAUAUUGAUGGAAUUAAAAUGUAUUAAUUUGUUUCUCUUGGAUCCCAUCAAAGUAUAAAGAAACAAAUUUGAUUGUAAAUAUAUUGUUCUUAUCUAUUUUUAAAUUUUUGAAUGAAAGGUCAUUAUAAUUCAUAGUUGUAAUAAUAUUUAGUGAAAUGCUUGCCCUCAGGAGGACACAGAAUUCACUUUUAAGCAUUAGUUAGCUGAUAAUUUGGUUAUGGGGUGAUCAGCAUUGCAUUCCUCUAGGACAGAGGGCUGUUAAGAAUCACACGAAUGCCUAUAUCCCUGAUUGUGUACUGGACUAUAAACAUAAGGUCUCAUUAGUGUGAUACUAAUUUGUUUUUUAUUCUCACUUCUGAAAAUGAAUGUUCUGCACAGUAAUAGCAGAUUGGUAACUUCUAGCAGCUCUACCCUAAAGUUAGUUCUAUAAAAUAAUACACAUUAGCUUUACUUCUAUAUUUUUCUUUAAAGCUUUCCUUUGAUUCUUCCUUUGGAUACAGAUGAUCUGCUUUGCAAUAGAUAAAUAUGCGUACCAUUGUUGAGCUGUUAUACUAGUAUGGUCACAAAGGCAAACCAUUUUGCUUCAGUAAAAGUUCUCUAGUCUUCUCUUUAUUCCCUCCAAAGCUUUUUCUUUUAAGUAACCCAUUAUGUACAUAAUCAGUGAACAUUUUUCAGCUACAAGAUUGAAAAGUGCUCACUCAGACUUUAUAAAAAGUUUCUUCUCAACUUUUGAAUUCACAUAACUCCAGAUAUUGCACUCUUUUCUAAUCUUGUCACCAAAAUAGCCACGUUUUAUUUCUACUUCAUGCUAGUUUUAAGAAUUUUUUUUUUUUUUUAUAUCCGAGUCUAUAAGUUGAAUACAAAUUUAAUGCAUCUCUUCCCUCUUAUUCAGCCUGCUGGUUUUGAUGUCCUCUUACCACCUCUGAGCCUCCCUUUUUAAAGAGACUCGUCUAUAAAUUGAUCUGUCUUUCUUCCUCAAGAUCUUUCUCAAGAUCUCAAGAUUUACUUUGGCUCUCCUCUUCAUUCAGCCAGAACAACUUUUUAUCUACUUCUUUUGAAGUGGGCUGAUUUUAAGUGAUCUCUUUCAAAGGUAUCCCAUCUGGCUUCUAGCUUUGUAUUCUUUUUUUCGCCCUUGUAGAGAGAAGAUCCAUUCAUUUCUUUGUACCCUGGUCCCUUCUGGAACAAAGACUUCUAGGACCUAAAUGCUCUCAUUCCAGUUAUCUGUAUCCCUCAAUGGUGUGCGAGUAUCUCCCAGAAACCCAUUUUGUGGUAACAGAAUUUCAGUUCUUACAAUAGAUUUGGGCAAGUAGAACAUACUGGUUCAGUAUCAAGCUUGAAUACUACAUUCUGGUAAUCUCUUUACUAGCUUAUAUCCCAAAGCAUUCACUUGAUGCCUCCAGUCUCUCUCCCAUCAAAUAAUGUACUUUUCUGUCUAUAAUAAUGUUUUACAAUAUUGAUUAGUGGCAGAAUAUACACAAUGCUUAAAAUGUUUUAAACACUCAGUCUCUUCUGAAGAAAAUCUACCCAUUUCCUUUAUGACCUUACUAAAUGCUGUAAUAAUUUUGAGUUCAUAUAAAACUGAUCAUGGAAUGGAAGUACCAGGAAUUGUAUUCUUUUUUUUAAGCUUGUUAAAGACUGUACGGGAGAAAAUUGAGUCAAGUUAAAAUGUGGAAUUUGAGUUAAGAAGCCAAACCAGUGAGGAAUUGUUAAAGUAUUAUCAGAUUAAAUUUUGGCAUUACUCACAAAAACAAAAUGAUUGUGGGCUGUUAACUCUGUACUGAAAUGUCUUGAUGUCCACUACAAGGCAUGCAAUGUCCCACCACUAUUUCCAGAGUUGUUCCCAAUGUUCAUCAUGUAACGCUUGUGAGACAUUAUUCUAUGUUCAAUGUUUCUCUGCCUGAGUUAUGGCUUUUGAGUGUGUAUGUUCAGAAGUAGCAAGAAUGUAAUGAAAGUGUAAGGAUCAAGAUCAGCUUCAAGUGAGAAAUUGUGUUGAGCAACAAUACAUAGUAUUAUUUAAAAAAAAUGAUCAAAGAUUUAUAAAAUUAACCAAGAAAAAAUCAAGAAGUAUCCUAGAAUAUGAAACAUGAUAGUAUGAGUGUCUUGUAUACUGUCACAUCUACCCAAUCUCAUAGCAUCCAUCAUGAAGUUAUAUAAAGCAUAGACUUUGCAUCUUUAGUUGUAGGUCAAGCUCCCUUCAGAGAAGGUUUUCAUGUUCAGUUGCCUUGUUGCUAGAAAGGAAUGGAGAAAAUGCAGUGGAAAUAAAAACAAUGCUUGUAUUCUUUUGACACAUUUAUUUUAAGAGGUUCCAUAAACACAAUG